AACGUCACGUUUUUAUAGCAUCAUAGCUGUGCAGGCUCACUACACGGGCUUGUUUAUCUGUAAUACACAAGUGCGGUAUUUGAAUAUUUGCGUUAUUACUGAUUUAACCGGUUUAACCGCGAGACGCUAACGCCGCCAGGCUAACCUGGAAGUUGUGCGUGUGCUGAAGUCAGAUUCAUGACGCUGUUAUCGUGAUCUGACGACGUCACGGCCGUCCACGCUGAUGACGUGAAUGUGGUUAUUUGUUAGCAACCGGCGUGGAAACGGUGGCGGUGUGGAGUCAUGAGUCUGCUGCACGGGAGGAGCGGGUUAAUCGGGCUCGCUGUCGGGGCUACGGCCGGUUUGGGCUUGAUUGCCUUCAUAAUUUACAGGGAGAUCAGUCGGAGGAGAUCCCAGAGGCUGGUGCUGGAGGCCCGGCCAGCGUCCCGGCUGUUUCUCGGGGCGGAUGGAGCAGCCUUGCUGGAUGCACAGGUACUGCGAUACCGCCCGACAGCGAGUAAAUACAGGGCCAGUACUGCUGAUACUACGUAUGUAGAGAUGGAGGCCCAGCAGCAGGCUCUGGCAGCAGUGGAGGCUGUGGUGCAGGGACUGUCCCCAGAGCAGCAGCUGGAGCUCAGAAACCAACUGGACCAAGUACUGAGCUGCGUGGCCUUGCUGCGGUCAGAGGUAGCUGAGCUGAGGGGAGGUCUGCAGGACAUUGCCUUGCAGAUCAUUCAGGAUGUCAAGAAGGGGGUGGAGGACAGUCAGCGGGUACGGCGGCGGCGUCACGUGGUCCACAGAGAGCGCACCGACUCAUCCAGCUCGAUUUACUUCACUGCCAGCCAGGGCAUGACCAGCACCUUUGAAGAGACCAGUGAAGGGGGGUACUCCACGGCCUAUGCUGAGUCAGACUACACUGAUCGUGACACGGAUAGAGAGGAGGCUGAGCAGGAGCAGGAGCAGGAGUCUGAGGAUGAGGACAGGAGCUGUGCCACAGUCCUUACCCUCUGCCAGGAUGGCUCCCAAGAGGAAGAGGUGGAAGAGAGGGGGCUGGAGGAGGAGGAUGAGGAGGAGGAGGAGAGGCUGCAGCUCGUGACCGAGGUUCCCAGUGGGGAGCUGGCUCUCCUGCUGGCUCAGAGUGAUAUCCUUCACACAGGAGAUGCCAGUUUAAAGGCGGAAGGCUUUCAACUGCUAAUGGACAACAGAGCAGAAUACGGACACAACAGGGAGUUUCUGUGGAGACUGGCUCGAGCCUACAGCGACAUGUACGAGUCCACCGAAGACAAACAGGAGAAGAAGACCUACGCACAGCAAGGUCGCGACGAGGCAGAGCUGGCCCUGAAGAAGAACAGCCUGAAUGCAGAGUGUCACAAACGGUUUGCGGUGCUGGCUGGACUGACCUCCCAGCAUGAGAGCAUGCAUAGCAAACUGAGGAGCAGCUACAUAUUGAAGGAGCAUCUGGACCGAGCACUUGCCCUCAGAGACGAUGACCCCGUGUGUUUCUACCUGCUUGGCCGAUGGUGUUAUGAGGUCACCACUCUGGACUGGUUGGAGAAGGCGGCGGCUGCUGCCCACUACCAGAGCACCCCCACCUCCACACUGCAUGACGCCCUUGAGAGCUUCCUCAAGGCGGAGGAGCUCAGUCCAGGAUUCUCCAGGACUGUGAGACUGUACAUCGCCAAGUGUCACAGAGAGCUGGGAAACAUCUCUGAGGCCACAAACUGGGCUGAGCUGGCCCUGAAGAUGCCUGCAAACACCAAUGAUGAUGAAGAAACAUGUAAACUGGAGGCGGAGCUUCAGGGCUUGACUGACAGAAGCAGCUGACUGGCGGCGCGCACACCGAGCAUCCCUGCUAGCCGAUGACACCGACCGGCUGCCUCACGGGUGGAUGUUUGAAGACUGUCACUGUGAAAUGAUGAGUUUGAUGUUCUGCCAACUUUAAUGAUUUGCAUUAACAUAUAUUCAGUCUGCUAGAUUUAAUGUAACUGAACAGCCCCUCCAUCUGAAUUCAACAAGCAUGCUUACAGAGUAAAAAAUGAAACCCUGUGUUUGCUCUUAAAGACAAGCGUCGCAGGCUCUGGAUCAUUGACAUUAUCUGGUAAUCCAGGAGGCUGUGUGUGAUUUAGUUGUUCUUCAGUAGGUGAUUUCACAGUAGUUGAGAGCAGCAGGGCUCCAUAGUGGGACUAACCUGCUCAGCUGUGGCUAAGAGCUGCUAAUCCAGUUCAAUCAGGGACCUUUGGAAUAAAACUAUUCUUUCCUCUCAGUGGAUUAAACAUAGUUUUUGUGUUGUACUUGUGUUGUCACUGUUGGGCUGAGUGCGUCUCGCUCUGUGCUGCAUGCUUGUAGCUGUAGAGAAAGCAGCAGAUAAUCAGGAUCAGAUGAGACCGGCUGGCUUCUUCAGGUCUUAUCGAGUCCCUGCUGUACAGCGUGAUGUAAAACCUUUGUAACAAACUUCUUGCUGUUGGAGGUCUGUGUGGUUAUCA